UGUUCCUGUGUAGUGGACUGAGACAGGGGCCUUCAUGCAGUGUAUUGUGUUUCUGGCAUUGGGCCUCGAGGGAGAUGCCUUGAUUAGCACGGCGGUGACAUGACCACAGGGUCAAUAUCAUCGAUAGGGUAUAACACGCAUACACGUAUGUGUGUAUGAAUGUGUGUCAAUCGUAUCUCACCAUAUCGGUGUAUGGCAGUGUCUAUAUAAACUGUUGUUUCAGAUGUGUCGACUAUACAUCACCAUGGAUACAGUGAACACUUCAACUGAUGAGAACACAUCACCAUGGAAACAGUGAACACUUCAACUCAUCAGAACACAUCACCACAGACACAGUCAACACUUCAACUGAUCAGAUCACAUCACCAUGGAUACAGUGAAUACUUCAACUGAUUAGACCACAUCGCCAUAGACACAGUGAACACUUAAACUGAUCAGACCAUAUCACCAUGGAUACAGUGAACGCUCCAACCGAUCAGGACACGAGGCCUCUUUCAGUUGAGAGCAAUGAGUCUGAGGUUGACAUUGAGUUCGGAGUCGACGUCAGGGAUGAGAAACCGCCGUCGACAGCGGAUGAACAGGACGACGUCACAAACGACGACCUGCUUGAAGAGGAAGCUUUCAUGACCUUGACCCAGGAGGAACAAUCUGCAUGGGAAGACAUGAUCCAGAAACUGAAACAUGAACUCGAACAACAUGGCCAGGACUUUUCGCAAUGGUCUGACAAAAUAACACGAAGAAGAAUGUAUGCUUACGCCAGAAUGAAAAAGCUGGAGAAGUAUCAUCAAACGAGACAAGGGUUUUAUAGAAAUAUUGACGGAUUUAUAGAAACAUUCCACGGGGAUGUGUUGAAUAGUGAUGACAAAAGAGACGCAGCAGUGGAUAAAAGGGACACCCAGGUUCAGUCAGGUGGUGGAGGAGAGAGAGACGACAAGGAUGGAGCCGAUGUCAGCCUCACGAAGGAACUAACCACACCGGUUAUAACAAAAGAACCCCCAGCAACAGUUGCAGCAAGGCUCACGAUCUAGAUUCAAUGGCGUCCAAUGUGAAUCUUACGGAGAUGUGUUUGUUUCAUGAUGUUCAGCCACACCCCCACCACCAGCAGGGUUUGGUCAAUGACCUGUCAAGGGAUUCAUUUUGAUUUGUUCUUUUGUCCUGUUGGAUAAACUGUUGCACAAGCUUUCCAUUCAUAUCAAGUUGACGUACCACGUGGAAAAGGUUACCUGUGAAGAACUUUGGGGUUAGUUUAUGGACACAAACAUGGUAUGCAAUGGGGACGAGUUGUGUAUCCUGCCUAUCGUCAA